GGGCUCGCGUCAGCUCCGCGCGCGGAGCGGGCGCAUGCGCGGCGGCGGCGCUGUCAGUUGAGUAAGGCGGGGUGCGAUUGGCUGCGGGCGGCGGCCGGGCGUGGGACGCGCAGUGACGGAAGGAGCGGGGCAAAUGGCGGAGAGAUGGUCCCGGGCCCCGUCCCGAGAGCGGCGAUAAUCCCGGCGCGGAGGAAGCGGCGCCGGAGGAGGCGGCGCCGGGGGCCCUAACGCCCGCGCCACCCCGGGAGGGUGCCACCGCCGCCGGGGAAGAGGCGGAGGUGUCCCCUCGGCGAGCGCCUUUCGCAGGCGGCAGAUCGGCGGCCAGAAAACCGCGGCGAGAGCCACAUCCGCGGCGCCGCCCGGAACGCGCCGGGCCAGCGCCCAGCACCCGCCGCCCGCCCGCCCACCCACACCUGCCGCCACGACCGACGCCGAGAGAAUAUGAAACAAGAGCCAAAAUGACAUCCCGAUUCGGAAAGACCUACAGCCGGAAAGGGGGAAAUGGCAGUUCCAAGUUUGACGAAGUAUUUUCCAACAAACGGACCACCCUUAGUACAAAAUGGGGAGAAACCACCUUCAUGGCCAAAUUAGGACAGAAGAGGCCCAGUGUCAAACCAGAUAUUUCCGAAGCUCCUAAAAAACCCAAAGUUGAAGAUGAGGUAACAGAGGAUCCAUUUGGAUUUGACAGUGAUGAAGAAUCUCUUCCUGUGUCUUCAAAGAAUGUGUCACAGGCUAAAAGCUCCUCUCAGCAGGAACUCGGUGAAGCUGCUCAGUCUGAGGACUUCACUCCUCUACUUGAAGCUAACAGCAGAAUUAAUCAGCCAGACAGUGGAGAAAAUGUUGCAUCCAGCAAGUGCAUAACUUUUGACAAUACUGUUCCUCUCUCAAAAGAAAAGAGCACAAGCAAAAACGUGGAAGAUGGAGAAUGCCAAGGCAGCAGUGCUAAGCUUUUAACUGCAGAUAAAAUACAGAAUUUGAAUGAAGAUAAUGAGAACAGUCAUUUCAGUUAUGAGAAUGCUGAAGAUGGUAAUAAAAACAGUGCUGAAACUACAGACACUUCUGGAUAUAACAUUGAAGCCAAGGACUUGCCUGAUUCUUGGGACUCCCACAUCGGAAAAACAGUAGACUCUCCAUCAGAAACAUCUCGGAUGAAGGGGCCAUUAAGAACUCACUUGUAUGAAUGGGAGGAUGAAACUGAAGACAGCAGAACUGGAGAGUAUAUAUUAGAUUUUGACAAUGAAAAUCUCUCAGAGAUGAAGAGCAAGGAUGAGGAGUGUGAUAAAGAAGAUACUGAAAACCCAAAGGAAGCCAUUAGUGAAGAACUUGUGCAAACUAUUCCUAGGCCAAGCAACUGUAGGACAUACUGUCGAUCCAACAAAGCAAAACUGCAGGGGGCAACAAAUUUUGACAAGCUAAUGGAUGGCACUAGUCAGUCUUUAUCCAAAGCAAACAAUGAGUCAAACAAUGAUGGUCUGAACCCAACAAGAAAGGUUUCUUUAGGUAGCGGGACCAGUUUUAGAGGGACGGUUGGACGGACUAGAGACUACACUGUUCUACAUCCAUCUUGCUUGUCAGUUUGCAAUGUUACUAUACAGGAUACCAUGGAACGAAUCGAUGAAUUUACCACCACAGCCCCUACUGACUUGGGAGAAGCUGGACGCUUAAGAAAAAAAGCAGACAUUGCUACUACAAAAACUACAACCAGGUUUCGACCAAGCAAUGCCAAAUCCAAAAAGGAUGUCAAGUUAGAGUUUUUCGGGUUCGAUGAUCAAGAUGAGGGAGGGGGAGAUGAAGGUGCCUCUAGAAGUUCUGGGAGUUCCAAUUACAAAAUCAAGUACUUUGGGUUUGAUGACUUGAGUGAAAGCGAGGAUGAAGAUGAAGAGUGGCAGGUGGCAGAAAGGAAAGCUAACAAAAAACGAAAUAGAACUGCACCAUCAUCUUCGCUACAGUCAACCUCUGACGGCAGUGAAAACUGUUCCCAGGAUAGCCAGCUCAGUACUAAUACAGAUCUUCUGGAGUUUUCAGAGGAUACACCUGGUGCGCUUGAAGGCAAUAAGAAAUCCACAAAUAAACAAGGUGAUAAAUCUAAGGAAAACACCAGGAAGAUUUUUAGUGGGCCGAAGCGGUCUCCCACAAAAGCUGUAUAUAAUGCUAGACACUGGAACCAGCCAGAAUCAGAGGCUCUGCCAGCACCACCGGUUUUGAAAACUCCCAGUGUCCCAGUAAGGCUAUCUUCAAAGGAGGCAAUUCAUAAAGAUGAUGGAGUUUUUAAGGCUCCUGCACCACCUCCCAAAGUGAUAAAAACUGUGACAAUACCUACUCAGCCCUAUCAAGAGAUAGUAACUGCAUUGAAAUGUAGGAAAGAAGACAAAGAAUUAUACACUGUUGUUCAGCAUGUAAAGCACUUCAAUGAUGUAGUGGAAUUUGGUGAAAAUCAAGAGUUCACUGAUGAUAUUGAGUACUUGCUAAGUGGAUUGAAGAGCAAUCAGCCCCUAAACACACGUUGCCUUAGUGUAAUCAGCUUGGCGACAAAGUGCGCCAUGCCCAGCUUCCGAAUGCAUCUGAGAGCACAUGGGAUGGUAGCCAUGGUUUUCAAAACACUGGAUGAUUCACAACACCAUCAGAAUUUGUCCCUUUGUACAGCAGCUCUAAUGUACAUUCUGAGUAGAGAUCGUUUGAACAUGGAUUUGGACAGAGCUAGUCUAGAUCUGAUGAUACGGCUUUUGGAAUUGGAACAAGAUGCUUCCUCUGCCAAGCUGCUGAAUGAAAAAGACAUGAAUAAAAUUAAGGAAAAAAUUCGGAGACUGUGUGAAACUGUUCACAACAAGCAUCUUGAUCUGGAAAACAUCACGACCGGGCAUUUGGCAAUGGAGACGUUACUGUCUCUCACCUCGAAACGAGCUGGGGACUGGUUUAAAGAAGAACUGCGACUUCUAGGUGGUCUUGAUCAUAUUGUAGAUAAAGUUAAAGAAUGUGUGGAUCACCUGAGCAGCGAUGAAAAUGAAGAGAAAUUGGUCGCUUCGUUAUGGGGUGCAGAAAGAUGUUUACGGGUCUUAGAAAGUGUAACUGUGCAUAAUCCAGAGAAUCAGAGCUAUCUGAUAGCAUACAAAGACUCGCAACUCAUAGUCUCCUCAGCUAAAGCACUGCAGCAUUGUGAGGAGUUAAUCCAGCGAUAUAAUCGUGCUGAAGACAGUAUCUGUUUACCAGACAAUAAGCCUCUGCCUCACCAGAAUGUAACUAACCAUGUGGGUAAAGCAGUGGAAGACUGUAUGAGGGCCAUCAUUGGUGUCUUGCUCAACCUGACAAAUGAUAACGAAUGGGGUAGUACAAAAACAGGUGAACAAGAUGGUCUGAUCGGCACAGCUAUGAAUUGUGUGCUUCAGGUUCCAAAGUUCCUACCUCAAGAACAGAGAUUUGAUAUUCGGGUUCUGGGAUUGGGUUUGUUGAUCAAUCUAGUAGAAUACAGUGCUCGGAAUAGGCAUUGUCUUGUCAAUAUGGAAACAUCCUGUUCUUUUGACUCAUUCUGUACGGGAGGAGGAGAUGAUAGCCUAAAGAUAACUGGGCAGAUUGAUGCUGUUCAGGCUUUAGUGCAGCUAUUUCUUGAGUGUGAGCGGGCGGCUCAGCUGGCUGAGAGCCAGACAGACGAAUUGAUUAAAGAAGCUCCUACUGCUCAGCAUGACAAGAGUGGGGAAUGGCAAGAGACAAGUGGAGAGAUACAGUGGGUCUCCACAGAAAAGCCAGAUAGCACUGAAGAGAAAGAUAAGAAGGAAGAAGAUGAUGAAGAACUUGAUCUUAAUAAAGCUCUUCAGCAUGCUGGGAAGCACAUGGAAGACUGCAUUGUGGCCUCCUACACAGCACUGCUUCUAGGCUGUCUCUGCCAAGAGAGUCCAAUCAAUGUGACUACUGUGAGGGAGUACUUACCUGAAGGGGACUUCUCAAUAAUGACCGAAAUGCUCAAAAAAUUUCUCAGUUUUAUGAACCUUACUUGUGCUGUUGGAACAACAGGCCAGAAAUCUAUCUCUAGGGUGAUUGAAUACUUGGAACACUGCUAGAUACUUAACUUCCGCUGCAGGCACUCUAAUGCUGGAGCUACCCUUAGACAAAAGAAGAAGUCAUGAAAGAAGUCCUUGAAGGAUAUACCAAGAGCAUUCAUCUGUGUCAUUCGUGUUCGGAUUUUUAAGGCUACCUGGUCUCUUAACCAUGCAUUUGGCAUUUUCUAAAAGACAGUUACUACAUCAAUCUGCAACUAUCAAAAAUGAGGGGAAAAGGUUCUGAGGAAAGUAAAUAAAGAACCCAUGCUGUUUAUGAUGCAGUGCAGUAUUUAAAUAUUUUUUGGCAGGGUUUACCCUCCCUAUCUUUUUUUUCUUGCUUUGUUCGUGACAAGUUUCAAGGGGGAAAAACUUGCUGCUGAUAGUGCAACUGCUGUUUACUGUUGAGCCACUGUUUCAUGCCAGCCAGGUGCAAAGGCAGCUUAGCUACUGAGGUAUCAAACAAAUGUUCUAAUAAAGAAGUUCUGGACAGCAGCACCGCUCCUAUUUGAGUUUAAUUUGCUCUUGCUUUUUUUAUUACUAGAUUAUUCCAAAAUCAUAAGAAUAUAAAUUUUUAAAUACUUUUGUGAUUUUAACUACUGUCUAUAUUUAAAAUUUGUUGGAAUCCAAAGAGGCGAGGAUUGGAUAGUUUAUUUUUUAUACUGUUUUGAUUGAAAUUAGGUUGAUGAACUAUUUCUCAGUUCUAAAACUAUCAUGGCCCAUGUACUGUAAACCGGUAGACCAUAACACUUUGUAGUUCCAAGAGGCAUGCAAACCCAUAAACACACAAAGCCAUUUGAGGGUAUGUUAUCCACAAAAGAAAGAGUAACUGUAAGAAGUUGUGCCCUGUUUUAGAAAAAAAAAAAGGGGGGGGGGAAAGUUGCUUGUUUUUUGGGUUUUUUUUUUUUUUUUUUUGCUUUUUAACAUAUUAAAUCCCAGGGUAGCUCACACUUCUAAUAGGCAAAAACUUUGAAAUGCUGUUUUGUUUUAAGGAAGCACUCAAGGUGUAUUUUGUAAUGCUCAGUACAAAGAAUUCGGAUGCUUUAGGGGGACGAAUUUUACAGAAGCUAAAACACCAAUGGGGAUUAAUGUUUCUAGCUGACAUAAUCUUUCUAUUUCAUUCUUCUGAAGUAUGACAAAGUUGAAAUGCAUACAACACAAAGCCUUAAAUUGCUGAUAUAGCUAAGAUUUUGUUCAGUCUGAGGUCUAGUUCACAGCAAAGCAUUGUGUUUGAAGACUGAAGUGGAACAAAGAAUCCCAGAAAAUACAUGACUUUUUUGCUUUAUUUUUUUUUUUUAAACAAUUUUUUUCUUGCACUCAUUAUUCAGACCAACAGAAUUGGUAAUUAUUUUUAUUAAGGUGGUCUUGAAUAUUUGCAGACUGUUGUGAGAUCUGCUUCAUCGACAUUUUUAAAUACCUGUAUAGGUAGUUACAUCAUGUUAUUCCAUUGAAUUUGUGAAACUUGAAGCCAUAAAAAUAUUAGUUCUAUGUAUAAUGAGGGGGAAAUAACAGGAAAUCUAACCUGCUUUUAGAUCUUGUGUUAUCUCCAUGUAUAAAGUUAAGAACUUGUGCUUUUGUAUCAGUGCCAGCUGUAAAUUUUUUACAUACAGUGGCUGCCUUCUAUGUCUUCCUAUUUUUGAUAAUGCAGAUUGUUGGGAAUUCUGUAAGGAAGUAACUGAUUAGCAGCAAAAAUCCUAUGUUGGUCAUACUUUUUUGCGUUUUCUCUCAUCACCUUCUAAAACUUAGCGUACCAGUGUAACUUAGAAAAGUUUUUGAGGUUGUAUCCCCCUUUCUUUAAAAAUAAAUAAACCGGUAUUGAGAGAGAGGAACUGUGUGUAAAUGAUCUGCAUCAGGAGGAAAUGAUUCAAUAUUUUGCCCAUCUAGUUUUCUGAUUUUCGAGAUUGUCACUUAUAACGGGAUUUCAAAUUGAUUAUGUAGUUUUCUGUGGAGAGAAGGCAAGAGAAAAUACAGUGCUUAUGUGCUGAUGGGGGAAAGCAGGGACAACUACCUUUCUUUGUUACACUGGUAAUUGUUUGGGGUUUGAUUUACCUCAGUGUUUAACAGUUUUUUUCAAUGUAACUAAUUGUCAAGCACUGACAAAUGCAGAUUAUUUUUUUUGAGGGUGGGGGGAGAAAUCACCCUGUGAACUGCAGUGCUUUUUUGUGUGUUAGACCCUCAAAUAACUCUGCAUUAAAGGGUACUUGAGGCCAACUUGCAAAUUAAAGUUUUAAAGUAACUUUUUUUCCAUUGUAAAUAUUUGUGUAAAUACUCUCAAUUGGAAAUUAGAACAGUAGAGUACUUUUCUGAAUCCAAUCCUAUUUUUAUUUUAUACAGUAUUUCUCAGCUGUGAUCUUUGGAGCAAAAGCCAACGGCAGGAAAAAUAGUUUGUACCAGUUUCAUGAAGUAUGUCUUUGGGUUUUUGUAAAUAAUUUUAACUCAAAUAAAAUUGCUACUUUCAA